AUGAAGAGGACCCCUCCUCCUACUUCAUCAUCUUCAGCUGUUGAGUCUCAUCUCAUUGAUAACAUUCAUCAAUCAGAAGAAAAUCCCAAGAACAAGCGUUCAAGAGCUAAGGGAAAUCUCAACGCCCCAGUCAAUGCUCAGAGUCCCAACUCUGGCGCCAGAAGAAGCUCCAUUUACAGAGGAGUAACCAGGCAUAGAUGGACAGGGAGGUUUGAAGCUCAUCUAUGGGACAAGAAUACAUGGAAUAGCAUUCAAAACAAGAGAGGACGACAAAUUUAUUUGGGAGCAUAUGACAAUGAGGAAGCAGCUGCCCGUACCCACGAUCUUGCAGCACUUAAGUAUUGGGGGCCCGACACCAUUUUAAACUUUCCGAUUGAUACAUAUAUUAAGGGUCUGGAAGAAAUGCAAAAGCUAUCCAAGGAAGAAUAUUUAGCUUCACUAAGGAGGCAGAGCAAAGGAUUUUCUAGAGGAGUUUCUAAUUACCGUGGGGUAUCAUGGCAUAAUCACACAGGGAGGUGGGAGGCACGAAUUGCCCGUUUUUCAGGACACAAAUAUUUGUACCUGGGGACUUUCAGCACUCAAGAGGAAGCAGCAGAAGCAUAUGACAUGGCAGCCAUAAAGCAGAGGGGACCAAAUGCAGUGACCAAUUUUGACAUUAGCAGCUAUGCAGGCAAGUCCAAAAAUAUAGUCCUACCACCACCACCACCACCACAACAACAACUAGAACAACCACAACAACAACAUGAAGAACAAAUGGUCCGACCCCAACUUCCCAACUUCGAGCUUCCUCUGCCAUUUGACCCCCCACCUGCAAUGGAGAUGACGGACCUCACCGACGAGCACGAGGACCCUUGGAGCCUCUGUCCUGAUACAGCAUUCAGUCCGUUCACCAUUCCUGACAUUCCCCUUGAAGAAGCUGAAGAAUUACCAGACUUGGAUGACAUCAACUUCAUAUUUGAUGAAUUCUCCGUUGAGAAUUACUUGAAUGUGAGUGGCACAUUGAACACUCCAGGUUCUGGGAUUGAGGCUGAUAGUUUGGUGGGUGCAGAUCAGAAAGUGCAGGAAGUAUCAACUUCUCCUCCCAUUUCAUCGGCUUCACUAACUUCUUCAUCGUCUUCAAUGACAACCAUUGCUGACAUCUUUGACAACCUUUGAUCGGUUUCUUGUGUUGGUUGUGGGCGGAUACGAACCAUAAAAUAUGUCUUAGGGUUUCAUCCUUAUUCUAUUUUACUACCUCGGUCACAGAAAUAUGGACAAAAAGUGAAGCUAGGUAGUGAUUUGUGUUUUCUUUUCAGUUUCCCUUGGCUUGUUGGAAUUUUGUUAUUAGGGUUCUCUUUAUCAUUACUGGAAAUAGAUAGGUGUGAGGAAAUG